ACUAAAAAAAUUAAUGACAACUCUGUUCGGCAAUGACAAGUAAAUUUGCAGGGAACAACACUCGAAGCCGCAUAUCGCUUAAUUUUCUAAUAAAUUGUUAGCAUUGAAAUUGAUACAAAAUGGCGCGUCGCUAUGAUUCCCGUACUACGAUUUUCUCGCCUGAGGGACGUCUUUACCAGGUGGAGUACGCAAUGGAAGCCAUAUCCCAUGCUGGCACAUGUCUUGGUAUUUUGGCCGAAGAUGGAAUUGUGCUUGCAGCCGAAUGCCGCAGCACAAAUAAGUUGCUAGACAACGCCAUUCCAUCAGAAAAGAUUUACCGGCUGAAUGAAAACAUGGUGUGCUCAGUGGCGGGCAUUACGUCUGAUGCGAAUGUGUUAACCUCUGAGCUGCGUUUGAUAGCACAACGCUACCAGUUCAGCUACGGCGAGGUGAUUCCAUGUGAGCAACUCGUCUCCCACUUGUGCGAUGUGAAGCAGGCGUAUACUCAGUAUGGUGGCAAGCGUCCAUUCGGCGUCUCUUUGCUCUACAUGGGCUGGGACAGCAAGUACGGCUACCAGCUGUAUCAGUCGGAUCCUAGCGGCAACUAUGGUGGCUGGAAGGCCACUUGCAUUGGCAACAACUUUGGUGCCGCCAUCUCGAUGCUGAAGCAGGAGCUGUCAGAUAAAGAAAACAUUAAGCUAGAGGAAGCCAAGGAUUUGGCCGUCAAAGUUCUUAGCAAAACUUUGGAUACCACAAAGUUAACUCCAGAGAAGGUUGAAAUGGCCACCCUUCAGCGUAUAAACAAUACCACAGUGUACAGUGUGCUCGAGAAACCCGAUGUGGAGAAACUGAUUGAGAAGUACAAUAAGUUGGAGGCUGAAGCAGAGGCCGCCAAGAAGGAGAAGCAAGCUCAGCAGUCGAAAUCCUAAGCAGCCAGUUAGCAUGCAAAAAUCUAUAAUUAUAAUGAUGGCAACCUGCGUUAAUUUUGUACAUGUAUGAAAUAAAAUUUCAAAAUUGGGGUAAAGAAAA